GUACUAAGGCAGGCUGUAUUAGGCCAUUGAAUUGGGUGGAGAGUUGCCACAUGGGAUUGGGAUUAAUUUAUGGUCAUAAAGAUAGAGAAUUUGGACAAGUAAAACUGCAGUAUAUGGAAUCACAACUGGAUUUGAUUGAGCAAUCAUUUGAUUUUCGAUACUCGUUAUGGGUUCGAGAAGCUCUAGAUGGAUUGCCUGAUUGUUUUACCAUAACUGAUCCUUGCAUUUCUGGUCACCCAAUUGUAUUUGCUUCGACUGAGUUCUUGAAAAUGUCUGGUUACUCAAGGCAUGAAGUGAUUGGAAGGAAUGGGAGUAUGUUUCAGGGAAUUAAGACUAAUAGGAGAUCAGUUAUGGAGAUAAGGGAGGCGAUUCGGGAGGAGAGGAGUGUACAGGUUAAUAUAUUGAAUUAUCGGAAAGAUGGGACACCUUUUUGGUUGUUGUUUCAUUUAUGUCCUGUUUUUAGUAAGGAGGAUGGAAAGGUUAUUCAUUUUGUUGGAGUUCAAGUACCGAUUUUAAGGAAGCUGAAGCGGUCUGGUACGGAGCUUGCAGGGAAUAAUGGGGUUAGAAUCUGUGAAAAUGGGUCAGGGCUUAAUGAGAAUAUGUUUGGGUGUUGUAGGAGGGAGGUCUACUCGGAUUCUGUGGCAGAAUUGGACCGUGUGUCAGCUUUGGAUUUGGUGUUGAGCGAUGAUAAAGUUGAUGAACCCUGCAAGGCAGGCGACAUAGAGAAGCAAAAGGCUGUCACUGCAAUGAACAACAUAUUUUCUGUGCUCACCCACUAUAGCGAGCUAACUGGGAGAUUAGUAUGCGGAAAGAGAUGCUGUGUACCUGUGACGAGUCCUCUGGGUGCGUCGUUAAAUAUAUCUCUUGGUAGAAUCAAACAGAGCUUUGUAUUGACUGAUCCUCAUUUAAAUGAUAUGCCCAUUGUUUAUGCAAGUGAUGCAUUCGUAAAAUUGACAGGCUACAGUAGAAACGAAGUAUUGGGACGGAAUUGUAGAUUCUUAAGUGGACAAAAUACCGAUCCCUCAACGCAGUUCCAGAUAAAGGAAAGUAUACGAAUUGAACAACCAUGCACGGUAUGCUUAUUAAAUUACAGAAAGGACAUGAGCUCAUUCUGGAACUAUCUUCAUAUUUCACCUGUCCGAAAUGCUUCUGGAAAGAUAGCAUACUUUGUUGGUGUUCAGAUAGAUGUCACUGACAAAAACCAGGAUGAAAAGUGCUCGGGUCCACACAUGAGGCAUCUUGGCGCUGUUGGAGCUGUCAAAGUGGCAGUAAGGGUCUCCUCGAUGGGUGCCAGCACCUCCAUGUGAGGUCAUAGGACAUGGUCUUCAUAUGUUGUGAGCAUUAUUAGUGCUCUGUGCGGCGGUACAUCUUAUAUCCAAUAUAUUUAAUCUUACUUCACCUGUGGACAUCUUCUUUCAAGAGUUGAUAGAGGACAGAAUACGUAAUAGGCCCUUGUUAAAAUCGGAGUCGCCACCUGUAUAUAUUAUAAAACAUUAUAUGGAGUGACAAUUUCUCAUGUAAGGAGAACAUAAGUUUCAAUAUAAAAUUGUUAUUUUUGGUUA